UUCCGAUUUUGAAAUGUAAAUCUCUAAAGUUGUUUAGGAUAUUGCUGCGAAAGCCAUGGUGGAAGUUUGGGACGAUCUCCGACGUCGUGCUCGCACACUUGAAAAUUAUAUCGAUGCAAAAUUAGUAGUUUUAAACAAGUUGGCCUCUGGUACGUCAGGCCGAUAUGAAUCGUUGUUGAAUGACAAAACAACUGUAAACAGUAAGCAGGAAAUAUUCGAUUCAUUGUCAGCAGAAAUAGAAAACAUGAUUGCCAAUCUUACGCAGGUUGACGAUCAGAUGACAGAAUAUAUAGCGAACUGUCAAGCAAAUUCAAGGACUGGUGCAUGGGCAUCUGGUCCAGCAUUACAGCAUACUCUCAGAAGGCAUCGCGAAAUACUGCGUGAUUACUGUACGGAAUAUAAUAGAUCACAUGAUAAUAUAAGAAAUCAGUUACAAAGAGAAAGCUUAUUAAGCGGGGGAACAAACGAUAACCCACAUCUCAGUAAUCGUUUAAAAGCAAGUGAUAUGUAUUUAAAAGAAAAUGAACACAUAUCAAGCUGCGACCGUCUUCUAGAUGAGCAAAUUAGCAUCGCAAUAUCGGCGAAAGAACAUGUCCAUAAUCAGCGGGUGAGCCUGCGAUACAUUAGUAAAAAAAUGAACGCAUUAGCCAAGAAAUAUCCACUACUGAAUAGCGUGAUACAGAAAAUGCAAACGAGGAAACGACGAGAUUCGAUCAUAUUGGCAACGGUGAUAUCGGCUUGCCUAAUUUUGAUAUAUAUAUAUGUAGUGCGUAUGUAGUAGCUUAAGAACUAUCAUUUGCCAGUAGAGCCAGAGUCAUUUUGGUAAACACAUUUAGCCCACAGACUUUAAGGAAUCAUGAGUGUGACCUCAAAUACUUCAAUAUUAUGCACUUUUAUUUGACGGAAACCAUUGUGGAUUCAUUUCAUAUCAAUGUGCCUCUGAUGACUGUUAUGUGCCUUGACGGGAUUUUUUUUCCUAAGAAUUAUAAUUACCUGGGACUUCCAUCACUGAUUAUGAUUUUUUCUGGUAACCUCUUCAUUGUCAAAAUUUUGAACCAUCUGUAGUCCAACUGGUCGAUGGAAUUUAAUGCAGAGAUGAUUUCCUGAACUUUGUGUCCAGUGUGCAGCACUGCCAACACAGUUUGAUUAGCCGCACUAACUAGCAGUACUAUAUCGCAAAUCCCGAUACCCCGUCUGGCACAUCCUAUUACGCUGUAAUUAUGAUGAGUUAAAUUAAAAGUCAAGUCACGAUUCUUCAAAAGUGUGCAAACAAUUUGAAAAACUAGG